GGGAGGGCGUCCCUCGGGAAAGGGCGUCGGGGAGGAGGAGCCCUGCCGGUUUGUUUUGGGUUCUCGUCACAAUCGAGAGAGCGAAAAUACAGCGGGAAUGACAAGGAGAGAGGGAGAGGGAGAGGGAGAGGGGGAGAGGGCGACAGAGGUAGGAGAGGGGGGGGGGGGGGGGGGGGAAUUGGGAGCAACGCUUCGGUUUGCCCCCGAGAUUGUGGCGGGGGGCAGUAGCAGCCAGGAACAGCCGGUUGCAGCCGGGAGCAGUCGGGAGCAGGCGGGAGCAGGCGGGCCUGCUGCGGAAAGACGGGCGGGGCAAUCAGUAGGGGCGCCGAAGGCCGCGGGGAGUGGGCAAUCACGGACACGUCUGGCUGGCAGCUUUCAGGCUUCUGCUGCUGCUGCUGGAAGCGAAGACGAGGCGCUUGGUAGUGAAAGAGGACUCAAAGUCUGUGCAGAAUCGUUGUUGCGAGCGGAGGAUGCGGGAGAGGGGAGACGUAGCAGGGGAGGUGAUGGUAGAAAGUCAUCCCCCAUGGCAAGCCCUGAUGCUCAGCAACGACUUGUGCAUCAUCAGGCCGCAGUGUCUCAGAUUACCAACGCGGCAGCUGCCACAAGCAUCUCGACUGGCGAAGGAGGGGGAGGAGGGGGAGGAGGAGGUGCUUGCGGUGGUGGAAGGGGAAGAAGAGGAGGAGGAGGAGGAGGAGGAGGGGAUGCCGGCGGCGGGCUCUCUUCCUUCUCGUCGUCCCCCCUGGCUUUGUCUUCGCCCUCACCCAAUCACCCUAGUCAGCAGCUUGACUCAACGACGACGACGAAGGCGACGAGGACUCAUUCUGUUGUAGUAGAGGUCUCUCAAUACGACAAGGGGGGCACCCCUUCAGACAAAUCGAAUCCGACGGGACCUGGGUCUCCUCCUCUCGGUCCUCCUUCCUCCUCCUCUCCCUCUCUUCCUCCUAUCGCUCCAAUUACUCCCAUUGGUACAACGAUUGCAACGACUGCUACUGCUCAUGUCGGAGGCACAGUCACUUCUGGACGCGGGGUCGCUUCUGUUCCCCCCCUUUCCCCGUCGUCCUUGUCUUCCCCUGCAGGCUCUUCUCUGUCCGGGGCUCUUGUAGGCUGUCAUUCCUCCUCAGUCCUCAACACCCCCGUUGAGACGUCCCAUCAUCGUGGCCAGCACCAGCAACGAGAAGAUUCUCCUUCUCCUCCUCCUCCCCCCCUUCCUCUCCAUGGCCAUCAUCAUCAGCCCUCAACCGACAUCAACCGUAAUAACGAGCAGCAACUCACUCUGCGUCCUCCUCCUCCUCCUCCUCCUCCUCUUCCUCCUCCUCCUCAUCAUCAUGAGCAGCAGUUUCAAGAACAGCAGAGCCAACUGCAGCAGCAGCACUACGAAGCGGCGGGUCCUGGCAACGACAAGGACAGGGAAUUGCCGAGCGGUCGAGCCCGGGCAGGUUCGACAGGAAUCAGUGAAGGAGAUGGGAAUUUGGAUACAACGAACGGUGAUGAUGAGGAAGAGGAGGCAAGGUCGGCGGCGCGCACGCCCGGGCAGUCACAAGUGCUGGCAUCUUCGUCCCCAGACGAGCGGUCGCCGCCGACCGCCGGGCUCAGCUGCUCACCAUCGCCCGCCCUCCACGGGAGUUCGGUUUCCUGUAUGUCGGUUUCUCCGCUGUCCCCCGUGUCACCGAUCUCUCAGUGCAACACUGCGCUCGUACCCCCGGCUACUCCGCACACAUCAUUCGCGACUUCCAGAAGUUCCCCGCCCAUACUUCCGCACACGCGCAAAUUUGCGGAAUUCGCAGCGGGAACAGAGGCGGCAACAGCAGGAGGAGCAGCAGUGUCGGCGGGGGAUGGCCAUAGCGCUAGCGUCUCUUGUGGGGGACAAGGGGAUUUUAUGACCUACCGCCCAAGGAAAGCGACCAGGUUCCGCGAAUGCCGAAAAUGCCACCAAAUCAUCUCGGCGGGGGGUCCCUACUUCAAGCAACACAUGCGCAAGUGUGACCCCGCCUGCGAUCCAAAGCAUGAACCUUAUAUUCCCGCGCCGGGUUCAGACGAGACAGCGGAGUUUCCCCAGCUGGAAGUGCCUGCAGCGGGAGGGAUCAUAUUCAGCCCCCUGGGAGUUUUCUCACCGGGAAACAUUGCUGGAAUGCCCAAUGAAUGUGGGCGCUCCCUGGGAGUAUACACACCGGGAAACAUUGCUGUAUCAGUCCCCACUGCAGGGAGUGCAAAUGGAUUGGAGGCAGCAGUGGCAGUGCCACAGCAGCAAACAGCUCCAAGCAGGGGAUUUCUUGGAAGCCAGAAACAGCAGCUGGAUAUUCAGCUGCAGAUCUUCAGCUAUCUGAAGGAUGGGUUACCUGUUCCUGAAGAGCUUAUCCAGCUUCUUAAGAACACACCAACUCAGAAUGAUGGGUGGAUGGGACCGAUUGCGAGGCGGCAGGUGGCUGGCAGGUGCAGGCGGACGGAUGGCAAAAGCUGGUGUUGCCCACGACCCGCAAUUCCAGGUCAAAAGUACUGCGAAAAACACAUGCACAGAGGCCGACUAUAUCAGAAAAUUGUGCCUACGACGGCGGGUGGUAAUAUGACUGCUGAGUCUGCUGUUGAAAAAGGCCAAGAAGGGGGCCAGGCUGCAAACCCCUGUCCAAUGCAAGUUGACCAGGUACAGGCCAGCCGAGACUCGAGGGCGAUGCCGAUGGUGAAAGUGGAAGAAGCAGGGUCUGUGGAAGCAUCAAGUGGCAAGUGUAUGCUUCUGCCAGGUCCAUCACCUGGAAGCGUGCCAGAUAUGGGAACAUCUGGUGCUGGAGGGACAGACAUGAGAGAAGUCCCAACACAGGGGGGAGUGCCAGCACAGGGCGCAGUUGCAGGACCGGGGGGAGUCCCAGCACAGGGGGCAGGCACAGGACAGGGAGGAAGACCAGGAACGCCUGCUGGCAAGGAUGGAGCUCAGGAGAUCGAAACCUGUCGGAGAACGGAUGGGAAAAAGUGGAAAUGCACACGUGCAUGCGUUCCGGGGCAGAAGUAUUGCGAAAAGCAUGUGAACAGGGGGAAGCAGUAUCACAGAAAAGUGGCAAUGCAGAAUCAGGCUGCAGCAGAGGCACGCGCAACGGGAGAGCAGAGAGUGCUGCAACAGCAGAUGCAAGGUCAAGAGGGGGAAGGAAAAAGGGGCAUCGAGUUCACGGUUACUGGUUUGCAGGGUCAUGUGCAAGGGGCGACGGCAAUGAUUGUCCCGGCGGAGACGUACUACAGAUGGGCAGGGCUGUCUCCAGGAACGACGAUGAUUACAUCAGCAGGGGGCGCGCAGGUGCUCAUGGGCUUGAAAGGCCCUAUAGGGCUAGGAAUUGGGGUAGGGGGGCAGCUGCAGGGAGGGUUAUUCGGUGUGGGACCUGUGCAAAUCAUGCCAGGUCAGGUGGUUAUUCACGGCCCUGUGGGAGGGGUAACCAUGGGGCCUUCGGGGCUUGACGCGGGGGGGGGGUCAAAACGUGACAGGGAUCCAGGAGAGCAGGCUGACUUGCGUCCUGGGAGAUGUAGGAGGACAGAUGGGAAGAAGUGGUUCUGUUCAAAGCCUGUUGUGCCUGGACAAAAGUACUGUGAGAGGCAUUUGCACCGUGGAAAGCAAUGGCAAGCUGCUGAGGAAGCUAAGCAAAACCGCGUGCAGCAGCAGCAGCAGCCACAACCUCAGCAGCAACAGCAGCAGCAGCAGUGUCAGCCUCCGCCACAGCAGCAGCAGGAGUUGCUGCAACAGGCACAACGACAGACAGUAGAGGGGGAAGCACAACAGCAUCCACAGCCCUUUGAACAUCAAGUAGAACAGCAGCAAAGUGAGCAGCAGUAUCCUCAAGUGCAGGCGUUAGUGAAGGUUGAAGUCGGGGCAGAACAGCCGCAAGAAUUUCAGGCCCAGCAGAAGCCCCAGGUACAUGUGCAGCCGCACAAAAAUCAGCUUGUGCUUGAUGGGCGUUUAUUAGUGCCUGGAGAGCUAGGUCAGGUGCAUAGGCAGGAGCAGAACCCCGGAAUGGGAAUGCGGCAGGAGGACCUGGACAGGCAACAACCUCGGCACUUUCAAGAAUCAGGCCAGUUCCAGGUACAGCGGCAAUUCCAGAAACAUCCAGCACUUCAGGACCAACAGCAGGGCCGCACUUCCAAAGAGCACUAUCCAAGGGAAACAAUGAGGGGUAGUAUAUCAUAUACUCCUCAUGCCGAUCCGACCACGGCUCCCCAUCAUGAGUCAAUGAUUGUGAUCUGGCAGCCACACCAGCAGCAGCCACCAAUCAAUCUAUCUCCGCCACCACUCGUUAGCUCGGGGGUUGCUAAACAGAGUUCUCCACCCCAAGGUGCGAUGAAUCCAGAUCCUUCCCGUCCGAAGGAAGGGAAUGCUACCGCUGCCGGUGCGGAGCUUAAGCGGCGAUGCUGUCGAACGGAUGGCAAGCGAUGGGUUUGUUCAAACAAUGCUGUAGCAGGAAGCAAAUACUGUGAAAAGCAUGUGAAUCGAGGCCGGACGGGGGCAAGACCGAUUGCCCUUGGUGGUGGAGGGGAUCAAAGGCCUCUCCUGCCAGCGGUUCCCGGGAGUUUCGUGACAUCCAAGGCCAUGCCAGCAUCACAGCCUGUGCCAUCAUCUCAGCCUGGCCCAUCUUUCUCUUCAGCUCCCAUCUCCUCUUCCACGUCGAUGCCAACCUCGGCUUCCAUUGUCCCUCCCCCUCUUCUUUCAGCUGCAAACCUGCCCCCGGCAAAUGCAUCCCUCUCCCUCGCCAGUCUGAGGCAGUGGGCACUGCAGCAGGAUAUUGCGGGAUAUGACGGAGUUGUUCGCGAAGGAGGUGUCAAUGCCUCAAGUUGUGGUCCCACCAUGCUUCCUAGUAGCUGUGGGGCAUUCAGUUCCAUGUCAACAACCACCUCUGUCCCCAAUGUGGAUGUUCCAAGUGCCGGCAACACAGGUCCAAGCGCUAGCCUUAUUGCCUGCUCAUCUUCUCCAUCCCCUCUGACAGCAUCGUUGCCUCUCCAGAUGCCCAUGUCUGGUAUGUCUAGCUUGCAAAUGGUGGACAUCGCAUCCCAGGGGUUUGUGAUGAAGCAGCAGGACCAGCAUGCUUCUGAACAAGGGCGCUUCGCAGAGCAGCAACCGCCCAGCCCAAGUCCGUCGGAUGCGAACAUGUUCAUGGAAGAGGAGGGUGCCGGCGAGUUAUCCAGGAGGGGGGAUGUGGGCGAUUUAGAGAUGCAGGACGUGCACGACGACGAGGAGGACGAAGAUGAAGACGAGGACUGUAGGAAUGUUAUGCAAAAUGUAGACCAGGGAGGGAAGCAGCAUCCAUUUCAUGGCCUGGGCAGCGAAGACCGUAGCGGAGGAGGCGAAGAAUGGGCCAGGACGCAUUCUGUUGUAUCUCCUUCAACGUCGUCAGAGGCGGAAGGAGCUGGUGUGCUGGGGGGCAUUGGAGGAGAGGACGGUUGUGGGAUGCUGGGGAAAAAGGACCAGCAGCAUUCAGCAGCUGUGCACCCGUUACCAUCACCAUCGUCUGCUUCGGAAUUGACACCAGAUUUCUCGCACUUUGGGAUGUCGAGUAUGGGCUUGGAUACUGGAAGAUCGGGGUCCUUUUUCCAAACCAUUGGGGCGGGCCAUGGAACUGGGCCUGGAAUGACAGGUGUGACAAAGCCGUCAAGCGCAUUGAAUACUGCUGUGUCAGUCUCCACAGGAGCAAAUGGGGUGCCCACAGCGACGGCUGCUACGUGCUAACUUCAGGAGGUUCAUGUUUAGAGCAUGCAAUUGAAUCUAGACUUCUGUGAGGUUUAAGCUGGUGACUUGUGAGCUUAUUCCUUAUUCCUCUGUGCUUGCUUCUUUCGGUGUGUGUGUGCUCUCGCACACCUCUGCCACAAAAAAGUAAAAGCAAGAGAGAGAGAGAGAGAGAGAGAGAGAGAGAGAGAGAGAGCGGAGGGGAUCAUGGGGGUGCUGAUGUGUGUCAUUGUGUAGGCUGCCAUACUGCUGUUAUGAAUAUAUUGUGUGUAGAGUGUUAUUUUCUUUCACCCGUUUACUUUCCCCUUUUAUAGAAGAUUUUUAUCGGUUGGUUAGGAUAUCAGUCAGAGAGACAUUUGGCCUGUAUGGCUGGAGAGUCUUGGGCCGGGAUGUCAUCAGCUAAGAGGGUUGUGCCUCUUUUCUUCUGAGAGGUUGCCAGGGCUCACACUUAUAGUCCAGCUCAUGUGAGGAAGGACAAACGCUACUCCGAGUGGUUGAACAAGAUCGACGGUUGGUGGGCUGGACUAGUAGAUUGAGCUGAUCGCUGCUGUGAUAGUUUUCUUACUUAGUAGAUCGAGGAUGACCUGCCCUGCUUCCCGACUAGCAGCUUGUGUUUUUGAAAGCUGGAGUGAGCAGGAGCAGUUGGAGCAUCGCAAUUUGCACGACCAACAAGCUUUGAGGAUAAUUCUCUGAUGGCAAGAAUAGGAUCAUUGUGGAGCUUAUUUUUUAAUUUCAGCUUCGGGUUUAUACGUCUGUCUCUUGGUGGUACUGGAGGAGUGCCUAUCAGAUGAGGCCGUUUUAGGUUAUUCAGUGGCGGAAGUCUGAUUGGAUUACUCUUUUUUUUUUUUUUCUAUUCAUUUCUGUUCCUAGUGUUCUUUUACUUCCUAUUAUUACAUUGUAUCCACUUGUCCUGAUCGGUUACAGCUCGGGAUGACGAUGGCAGCUUCGGUGCGUUAAGGCAGGGCCGGGGGAGAGACAGCACCUCCACAAGACGAAGACAGGGGACAUGACAUCAAUCAACGGAGGGGGGAACACAAGUUCGUGUUCACCGUGAAAGCUUGGCCUGUGAAACGCCGCCGCUUUCUGAGGUAGGUUGGAGGCAACAUCCGGAGGAUUGGCAUCGCCAGGGACGAGGAAAGACUAGGAAGUGCCUUACGGUGGAGGGGAAGCACCUUGUGCCGGAGGAUCAGAGAGGGCUGGCCGCCAUUGAGGGACAAAGAGAUUAGAGGGGUUGAUCAUCAGUUGGAAGUACUAGUAUGGACGUUACGGGAUGAUAAGCUAGGGACUGUGCUGGUCAUUGCUGGCUGGAAGGUAGACAGAUGGGAUUUUUUGCCGCCUCUACUGUGCUGAGUCAGCAAUAACAAUGAGCCAGCAAUAACCGUGAUUAGCAUGCUGCUAAUCCGAUUGGUUUCAGUCCUGCUCUGAAAGAGAAAGUGUAUAGGUAGAGUGGGCGUGAGGCGGCAGCAGAAGAGAAGCUAUGCCCUUGAUUUGGCGAGAAAGAUUGUUGCGUUUUUUUUUUUUUUUUUUACUUUUUCCAGUACUGUAGUUGAGGUUCUUGUCAUCUUCCAAGCAGCUUGAACUUCUUCUUGGCUUCAGUUUGUCUUUGGAGGAUCGGCGAGCAUGGGUGACUUGAGUUCUUCUUAACAAGUUGCCUUCCUAUUGAUUGCGAGCAAGGAUUCAUGCAAACAGGGUAAGGGUCCAUAGCAGCACGAUCUGGACCUUCGACCAUUAGGUUACAGAGCUGAGGAGUGCAAAUAGAUUUUUCUGCGCGUAACGUACUGGUUUCCCGAGUUGAGCAUGUUGAGGAAAACCAUGGUGGUUGCAUUCACACUGAGGCAAAGGAUUGGUGAGAAUGGCCCCCUGGUUGGAUUCACACUGCGACAAUUUUCUACAGACCGAGAGGGUGGCGGGCACUGAGAGGGAAGCGAAGAACCCGCAAGAAGAAGACGCGAGAAGAAGAUGGCAUUGUGAACUGCGAAGAGACGCGGAGAGGGGAGAGAAGAACCCACAAUUUUCUUGUCAGUGCUCUUCACUCCUUGGUAGCGCAUGUGUUGCCAAGAAGUAAAGAGCACUCGCAAGAAUGCGACAUGCGCUACCAAGGAGUGAAGAGGACACUUUUUUGCAUGAGUGUGGAUUUGGCCGUCCUCAACGAUACACAAGUGAACAGAUGCAGUGCACCUCAAAUGUAGAGGGGAGGACUUUCAUGCAACCCAGAGAGUGCAAUAGAAGGAGAGGGAGGGGGGGGGAGGGAUGGAUGGAGCAUUGACCAGCAGGAUGGGCUGCAAGAAUCAGGAGAGUCACAACUCUUUCAGAGAGCAUGAGCUGUGCAAUGGCAUGGCUUAUGUGGGCACGCCUUCAGAGACCGCCUGCACAUGAUGGCGAUGACCCAUGUAUUCGGUUCAGUAGCAUGGUCUUGUGUCCAUCAUUUUGGUGGCUUUGUAAGCUGGGCAUACUCUGCACCGGUCUUUAGCGAAAUGAUUGUAGCCGACCACUCAAGCUGGAAAUAGCACAGUAGUGUUAAGCCGCAUAUUUUGCGUUGCCGGUGGAGAGGUGAUGUUCUUCGGUCAGCAGGAUGCUCCAUGCUUCAGUGCAGGUGAUUGCUAAUAUGCGAUAUUGCCAGUAGUUUUCAUGGUCCAGGUCUGGCAGCCUUGGCAGGUUCUUUGUUAGGAGAUUGGAGGAGGUGGAGCUGGGGCAAGCAAGGUUCGUGCAUACACGACUCUCAUUCUAUAUUGACUAUGCGGUUCGAAUCGGCAAGCAAGUUACUCAGUGCGCAUGCCGAACGUGGGACGCAAUGCUAUGCUUCCAUUUCCAUGCAGUCCAGGCGUCUCCUCGCUCACAGGUUGCUUUUCUGAGAGAGAAGUGAGUUUGUGUGUGUGUGUGUGUGUGUGUGUGUGUGUGUGUGUGUGUGUGUGUGUGUGUGAGAGAGAGAGAGAGAGAGAGAGAGAGAGAGAGGGAGAGCGGUGUGUGUGUGUGUGUGUGUGUGUGUGCGCCUUGCGGUUAGAAUGUGAAGUUAUUGGUCCGUCGUUCCAAGCCUCAGUGUGCCAGCCUUUGGCAGUAUUUCAGAGGGAAGCAGAUGGGUGGAUGCCUUGGAAGGACAGGUUGCAAUCUUAUGCAUCCUAUUUUGUCCAGUCUAACUUGUUGGUCUGCGGUGGCCUUGAGGCAAGUCAAGGGGGAGUUGGCUGCUGCUAGGCAGGACGAGGGAGAGGAUGGUCAGUUAGCGCGCCUGUCUUGUCCUCGUGGUGUAGGUGCAAAUGUGCAAUGCUCGCUAGGUACAGUCGUGGCCUUCCUGUCUAAUAAGUGCUCCAUGAUGGUGCGUCUGGGGGAGUGCACAUGUGAUGUCGUCGUCAGAUAUAAUUGGAUUCGAUUUUGACAACCAGUGAACGGUCUAGAUCCUAUGCUGGGAUUCUAUGGAUGGCUCACUCUGUCCAUGUCUCUCGUCACUUUCCUCUACGAGGACGGCUGCAAAAAGUAGGGCGGAAAAUUUGCCGCCAGAGCGGUGCGAAAGAGGAAGAGAGAAGGCGGUCGAGAUCGUUCAGCGGAAGCUGUGCACUGGUCCACUGGUCAUUUUGCUGUUGUCAGUCUACCGAUGGGAUCCGGCAUUCCAUCGGCACCGCCGUUCAUCACGAUGGAUGAUGCGGCAAUGCAGGGUGCUGAAGAUGCAUGAGCUGAGAUGCAUAGAAGAACAAGAGUGUUGCUGAGCAUGGUGGAUCUAUCGUGGUUCUUUUAAAACCUUUUUCCAGAGAGAGCAGGGAUUGGCAACCUCACACCGCAGCUUUAGUCCCAGUCGGACAAAUAUCGCAAUAAGGAUGAUGCGGGCAAUGUACGCUUUCCUGAAAGUUAACAGCGCAUCAUUGGUCUUUGAUUUCACGGUUCGUUUUCCAUUUGUCUGCCUUGGUGCCAUGUGUAUGCCUUCCGGGUGGAUGUUGCAGGGUGGGGUGGGGCAGGGUCACGAGGUGCUCUCUGACUGUGAGGGGAGGCUUGUGCGCGACAGACAUACGGUCACACAUUUCUCUCUUUUUCCUCUGUGCCGGGCGCUUUGUUCAGAGUCGAAUGCCUCAUGUGGGGAAUCCAUGCCGGCUGUUUUCUGUGUGUCUCAUUGCGAUCUCAUAGAGGGAUCGUGUCGUAAUUGUCCGUCUCGUCUGGAGCUUGUAGAGGGACAUUAUCGUAAUUGCCUACCUCUCUUUUUUUCUCUUUUCCCUGUACGUCCAGGCAUUCCGAAUCCAUAAUCCCAAAUAAAUAAUAUAUUUAGAUAAACAGCACACCCAUCU